AUGUCGCUCCGUCGAUCUCUCGCCGCGUUCGUCCGUCGCGCGUCGUCGUCGUCGUCCUCAUGCGUCUCCACCGCGGCGCUCGAAGAAAAACCUCAAACAGUUCUCAGUGGGACGAUCGGGUUCGGUCGCCUCGCGCGCGGCGCGCGCGGCGCGUCCACGCGCGCGGCGCUCGAUAUCGAGUCCGCGAACGCCCCGGAACCGCCGACUCGGAUCGAGAUGGAGCGAAGGCCCACGCACGGGUUGCUCGACGCGGUGCGUUGGGUCAAGGCGAACGCGAAAAGCGAGAGAUUCGUCGAGAGCGUCGAGCUCGCGGUGCACCUGGGCGUCGAUCCGAAACGGAGCGACAUGAUCGUUCGAGGCGCGGUGCGGUUGCCGAACGGAACGGGGAAGACGGUGCGCGUGGCGGCGUUCGCGGAGGGCGAGAGCGCGGAGGCGGCGCGCGCGGCGGGCGCGAGCGUCGUCGGAGGCGCCGAGCUCGUCGACGCGAUCAAGGAGGGCGGAUCGGGAGCGAUUGAUUUCGAUAAGGCUGUGGCGACGCCGGGGAUGAUGAGCAAGCUCAAGGAAGUCGCGCGCGUGUUGGGUCCGAGAGGUUUGAUGCCGAAUCCAAAGGUUGGCACGGUUACGACGGAGAUCGCCGAGGCGGUGCGCGAACAGCUCGGCGGUCGCGUGGAGUUCAGGGCGGAGAAGAACGCGAUCGUGCACACCAUGGUUGGAAAAGUGAACUUUGAGGACGAGCAGUUGGUGGAGAACAUCUCGGCGGUGUAUCGCGAGCUCUGGGCGCUUCGGCCGAAGGGUAAGGGGGCACCGAACGCGAGCAAGUACGUGAAAAAGGCGUUUUUGAGUAGCACAAUGGGUCGAGGCUCGGCGCGCUUGGACGUGAACGACCUCAUGGAUGUCUCGGGGGCGACGCGUUAG